UUGCCAACACUGCAACAGAACCGGCACCUGCCCAUAUCGUGCUGCUGUAAAAAAAUAUAAAUGUAGAGUUUCUCGGCUUGUCAGACAGUGCCUGCAGCCGGCAGUACAGUGAGAGGAGCAUGUAACACGCUGCACAAUGGUUCCGACUCCCGCAUUACUGAUAUGCAGCAGCAGCAGCAGGACGUGGGGCGCUCAGGCCGGUCAUGUGGCACACGGGGUCCCGAGGGAGCACCGAUGUCAGGUGACGGUGCCGAGGAAGAAGCGGGAGCGCGCCGGGGUGUGCACGCGCAGGCGGGAGGUGACAGCCGGUGAGCGCGCUGUGUCGGGUGGCCGGAGAGAGGGAGCAUCAGGGAGGAGGAGGAGGGAAGUGGGCAGGGACCGACGGGAAGAGCGACAGAAGGUGCCGGGCCUGCGAGCGGAGAUACAGGGAGUCCGGGAAUUACCGAGGAGUGGAGCCCAGAGUUUGACUCAUGAAAAAUGACAGAGGAGGUCAUUGUUAUUGCCAAGUGGGAUUAUAUGGCACAACAGGACCAAGAACUUGAUAUUAAGAAAAAUGAACGUCUGUGGUUGUUGGAUGACUCUAAAACAUGGUGGCGGGUGAGAAAUACAGCCAACAAGACCGGAUAUGUGCCAUCAAACUAUGUGGAGCGGAAAAACAGCCUAAAAAAGGGAUCACUGGUAAAAAAUUUGAAGGACACUUUGGGUCUGGGUAAAACAAAAAGGAAGACGAGCACUCGGGAUGCCUCACCAACUCCUAGCACUGAUGCUGAAUAUUCAUCUAAUGGUACCAACACUGAUCGAAUCUAUGACUUAAACGUACCCGCAUAUGUAAAAUUUGCAUAUGUGGCUGAAAGAGAUGAUGAACUCUCCCUUGUAAAGGGUUCACGAGUCAUUGUUAUGGAAAAAUGUAGUGAUGGCUGGUGGCGUGGAACGCAUAAUGGACAGGUUGGGUGGUUUCCAUCAAACUAUGUAGUGGAAGAAGUGGAUGAAGCCACAGCAGAUUCCCCUAGUUUUCUCAGUUUGAGGAAAAGAGCAUCUAUAAGCAAUGGUCAGAACUUUAAAAUUAUCCAUGUUGUUCAGACCCUGUACCCAUUUAGUUCUGUAACAGAAGAAGAGCUGAACUUUGAGAAAGGAGAAAUCAUGGAUGUCAUUGAGAAGCCGGAGAAUGACCCAGAAUGGUGGAAAUGCAAAAAUUCCAGUGGGCAGAUUGGUCUUGUUCCCAAAAACUAUGUUGUCAUUUUAACAGAUGGUCCUUCUCUAAAUAGUUCUCAUGUUCAUCAUAUAAGUUAUACUGGUCCUGCUUGCAUAGGUCGUUUUGCUGGCAAAGGAUGGUACUAUGGAGGAAUUACAAGACAUCAAGCAGAGUGUGCCCUAAAUGAAAGAGGAAUGGAGGGAGACUUUCUCAUUCGCGAUAGCGAGUCUUCACCAAGUGAUUUUUCCAUAUCUCUAAAGGCAUCAGGGAAAAACAAACACUUCAAAGUGCAGCUGGUGGACAAUGUAUAUUGUAUUGGACAGAGGAGAUUUAAGAGUAUGGAUGAACUGGUGCAACAUUACAAAAAAGCACCCAUCUUCACUAGUGAACAUGGAGACAAGUUGUACCUUGUCAGAGCACUACAGUGACAUAAGACUUAAUACUGGCCUCCAAACGUCAAGCCUUAGUUCCGAAAAAAAAUUACUUUCAUGGAGCAGAGCCAUCAUAACAAAGGAAGCAGUCUUAACAAUACCGGCUCCUCUCAUACUACAAACACUCUUACAUAGUACUUUUAUCUUUUUUAUUUGUGUGUGUGUGUUCUGUCUUUUCUGUUUGUAAGUCAUCUUGCCCUCAGGUUGAAACCCUCACUUAAGUGACCACUGUAAGCACUCACUGUCAUGCCUUGGUUUAAGGUCUCCUAUUCUGCACUUGUUUACAGUUCACAGCUAGUUACAGCUAGCAAUAAGAUUAGGAGGCAACUUGAAACAGUGUUAACAUACUCCCAAAAGUUAUUUUAUCAUGUUAAAAUCAAAUCUUUAUUAUGAAACAUUAGGCACAGUUGAAAUGCACUGAAUCUACAGCAAAUAAUAAUGUAGUAUGCUGUAUCGAUUGUGGCUCUGAAUGUUGUAGCCUUUGUUGCUUAUCAGGUAGUUCAUUGAAACAGCGCAUAGGUUCUAGAAGCACCCCUUACACUGUACAGUACUCUGCCACUACAGUAUCUUCUCACGUCGCUGCAGAGUACACCAAGUAAUGUAUUACAGCAAUGCAUCUGAAACUUAUUUGGUAAAAUGAUUGUGGUAAAUGGUGUAUUAGGUAAAAUUAUAGGACGUUCAUAAGCGAAUUAUUUUUCAAAGGUUUACAUGAAAAGCAAACCAAACGUGCCAUCCACAUUUUCCCUAGCCCUCCUCCCACGCCUGUUAUUAUGACACAAUUAAGUAUUUAAUUAUGAAAGUUAAAUGUAUGUGCAACUGACUGUUUAUGCUAAUACAGACAAAUAAAAAAUUUUGUUUUUUGAAAUGGC